AUGAAAAAGACUACACAACUUGUAAGAAUUAAACAGUCUAAGAUGAAAUUACUGUCAACCUUGUCGUUGCUGUUGAUUGCAACACAGGCGGCAGUAGGAGAGAAUACCUACUCCAUAUUCCUGCCUAAAUAUGUUCGACCAAUGACGCCAUUUGCCUUCGACGUUGAGAUAAUCAAGAGCAAAAACCCGGUUCAAUUGACCGCUUUUUUGGGUUCGGCAAAUUAUUUUGUAGAAGGAAUGGCGGUCAUCCAUAACGGUUCAAUCGAAAGAAUUGUUAUGGAAACGCUUCCCGCUGACUACGACGGAGAUACAGAUUUCACUUUUGAGAUCUACGGUGAUGACGCAGUAACUGGUGAAAAGUUGUUCGAAAACAAAACUGACGGCGUAAUAUUCCAGAGGAAAUUUGUCUCUAUCUUUAUCCAAACUGAUAAAGCUAUAUAUCAACCAAAACACACAAUUAAAUUCCGAGGAGUUGUUACGACACCCGAUCUUACUCCACCCGGCCUCACUCCACUUAUGCACAGCCGGUACCACCACGAUUCAGUUCCGACUGUGACUUACAAACUCACUGAUCCGAUGAAUAAUGUUAUUUUGAUGGAAAGUGACGUCACACUGACCAACGGGGUGGCGGGGUCAGAGUUCAAACUUGGAAGAUACGCAACACUCGGUGAUUGGAGGAUUACUUAUAAAGUUUACGGAUAUGAAGAGAGCAUCACAGUAUCAGUAGAAGAAUAUAAACUGCCAAAGUUCAAAGUUGAAAUUAAAACUGAUCAGAGAUUCUUGUAUCCUGGGUCCACAAAACUAACCGGAGAGGUUAAAGCUUUGUUUACUUUUGGACAACCAGUAAGAGGAAGCGGAAGAAUUGAAUUCACAAUUGAUUCAUGGGAACCCAACAUUAUUUUGGAGAAAUUUGCGAAGUUCGACGGAACAGCUUCAUUCUCAGUCAAUGUAUCUGAUAUUGUAAAUAUCUUAAAAUGGGAUACCGGAUAUUACUCAAGUCCGCUCAAAAUAACCGCGUUCGUCAACGACAAAAACACGGGGGAUGAAUUCAAUGCUACAACGACUGUUGAACUUCAUGAAAAGCGUUUGAAAGUCGAAGCAAUUGCAAAACCGAAUUACAUGAAACCUGGACUUCCAUACGUAGCAUACUUGAAAGUCACAGAACAAGAUGGGACUCUACUUUCCGAUGAAGACAGAGGAAAGUUGGAUAUGGUUGUAAGUGUUAUGUAUACUUAUCGAUGGCAAUGGGACCCAUUCGGUGGUGUACGACCAACCGAUGGAAGCCAAGACCUAAAGAAAAUGUCGGUUCCCAUAAAAGUAGGAAAAGACGGUAUUGCUUUGUUCAAGAUCACAGCCGAUACAAGCAACUUCCGAUGGGUAAUAUUUAAGGUGAAAAGCCUUUCCUCUCCGAACAAACACGAAUACUGGACAAAAUGGGGAGCGGGCCCGUUUAAAUCACCUUCUAAUACAUUCAUUCAAAUUACUACUUCUGAUACUACAUUGACCGUAGGGGGAAAAGCCAGAUUGACUAUUUACACCACAGAAGAGGCGGAUAGUUAUAGAUUUACGUUCCUAGCCAGGGGAAAACUACUCAAGCAAGAGCUUUACACUUCAGCAGAAUACGUGAAAGAAACCGACAGUUCUAAAUUCAAUUACAUGUUUGACGUCACCAAUGAUAUGUCACCAAAUGUUUACGUCAUUGUAUCAUUCAUUCGUGACGACGAUGAAAUUGUUGCCGACAGCGUGAGAAUUACAGUUCAAGCUACCUUCGAAAACAAGGUUACCAUAACAACAAAUACUGAUAAAACCGACGCAGGGAUGCCAGUUAGUAUUACAGUUAACGCAGCAGCAGGAUCUUUCGUAGGUCUGAGAGCAAUUGAUCAGAGUGUUUCACUGCUCAAAUCUGGCAAUGAUAUCACAAAAUACAAAAUUUCCCGAGAUUUGGACAAAUACGGAGUAUCAAGCGGUCCCAUUGGAUGGGACAGCAUAUGGAGGGGAGGUGCUGACGUUCGUGAAGUAUUUGCUGACUCCGGAAUCUUGGUUCUUACCGAUGCUCUCGUAUAUGUAAGCGAACCUGAAUACUCGCAACCUCUAAUGCUUGCUAUGGCCGAAUGUGACCGAGCACCAGGCAGUGCAAUAUUAGUAACAGCGUCUGCCUCUUCUGUAACAAGAAGUUUUUUCCUGAAUCUUGGAUAUGGACAGAUAGUCAGAUGGAAUGGGAAUUUGGAGAAUGGUUCAGCAACUUUUACCUACAACACUCCUGAUACAAUCACUACCUGGGAGCUCAGUAGUUUUGCUGUUUCUGAUGAGAAAGGUCUUGGAGUCACUGAUGAAACAUCAAAGAUCACAGUCUUCCGCAACUUCUUCAUCUCCCUGAAUCUUCCUCCAACCAUGAUCAGAGGAGAAAGACUCAACAUGAAGACGACUCUCUUCAACUACUUUGAUGAUGAGCUUACAAUUUAUAGAUUUGUCAACCAAAAACAUAUACAUGAAAGCACACAUACAAUAGAAAAGGCACACUGUUUUCCGGUAGCGACUGGAUGGAGCAAUACGACGAUACGGCCAUCAGAGUCAGCUCAUAUUGGGUCAGAUUAUGUAUUACAGCUUGUGAAGAAUCUUCAAUAA